AUGUCUAGACAGAAGGUCGACAUAUUCUAUGAUGGUGCUCUCUGGCUAUUCAACAUUAUGCUUGAUGUCUUCUUUCGAGAGAUAAGACCUAGAGGAUCGCAUAAAAUCCCAUUAGAAGGUCCACUAAUUUUUGUGGCUGCUCCUCACGCUAACCAAUUUGUAGAUCCAUUGAUUGUGAUGCGGGAAUGCAACCGCCGAGUCUCUUUCUUGAUUGCGGCUAAAUCAAUGCAGCAGUGGGCCAUUGGGUUCUUGGCUAGCUUUUUCCAUCCAAUUCCAGUCAAGAGGCCUCAGGAUUUAGCUGAGGCUGGUCAUGGUCGUAUUUACCUUCUCAAUCCGAAGACUGAUCCGCUCAAGAUUCAAGGCAUGGAUACAAAAUUUACCACUCAAUUGCAACCUCAUGACUCCAUCAUUCUCCCUCGUAAUGCUGGCAUUUUCAAAAUCACUCGGGUGAUAUCAGACACUGAACUUUUGAUCGCUAACCCCGUCACCGACAAGAAAGCACUGGAACUUUUGACGAAAUCAUCUGGCACAGCCUAUAAAUGCUUGCCCCAUAUUGAUCAGGAUUCUGUAUACGAACGUGUAUACGAGGAGUUGAACAAUGGUCGCUGUAUCACCAUCUUUCCUGAAGGCGGUAGCCAUGACCGUGCAGAGAUGUUGCCUUUCAAAGCAGGUGUUACUAUCAUGGCUCUGGGUGCAAUGGCCAAGUAUCCUGGCCUUGAUGUCAAGAUUGUACCUUGCGGUUUGAACUACUUUCAUGCACAUCGGUUCCGUUCAAGAGCAGUUAUCGAGUUUGGCAACCCCAUUACUAUAUCCGCAGAUCUGGUCGAGCAAUUCAAGCAGGGAGGACAGCAAAAGCGGGAAGCGUGCUCGAACUUGUUGGAUACCAUUUUCUACGCACUCAAAUCAGUCACUGUCAAUGUGCCCAAUGAUCAGACAUUAAUGGUGAUUCAGGCAGCAAGAAGACUUUAUAAACCUGCUCAUCGACGUUUGCAUAUUGCUCAAGUGGUAGAUUUGAACAGACGAUUUGUUAUUGGAUACAACUUGUACAAGAACGAUCCUCGAGUGAUCAAUCUAAAACAAAAAGUGCUGGCGUACAACCAGCUGCUCAAGUAUCAUGGAUUGAGAGAUCAUCAAGUGCCGGAAAUUAACCUGAGAGGAUGGAGAACAUUCUUCUUGUUGUGGUAUCGUGUGGGCGUCUUGAUUGUGUGGGGUCUGUUAUCGUUCCCUGGAUCCAUUCUGAAUUUACCAAUUGUGGUAACAGCAAAGGCUAUUAGUACCAAAAAAGCAAAAGAUGCGUUGGCAAGCUCAUCCGUCAAAGUCGCCGGUAGAGAUGUCCUAGCAACAUGGAAGUUUCUUGUUGGUAUGGUACUGAUUCCAACAUUAUACGGAUUAUAUACUCUUAUUGUGCUGUGGAUUUGCAUGAAAUCGGAUUUGGACUGGUUCCAAACAAUGCUGUACCCUCUCUUGACGUGGACGAUGCUUCCUUUUGUCAGCUAUGCGUCCAUGCGGUUUGCAGAAAAUGGGGUGGAUGUAUUCAAAUCGCUUCGACCUCUAUAUGUUGCAUUGGUGGAUCCUGAUAGUACAGCUAAUCUGCGUCAGCUCCGAGAGAAAUUAUCGCAAGACAUUACGGAAGUAAUCAACGAGAUUGGGCCUGAUGUAUUCAGCGAUUUCGAUUCGAACAAUGUAUUCAGAAACGAUAGCACAAGCCGAGAAUCCGUCAAUGAACUGGCUGAAGGUGGACGCACAUUCUCACAGAUUGCUGCUGGAUUUUUGACAGAUACAGCAAAUGUCAUUCUAAAUGACAGCACUAUUUUCAAUUGGACAAAGCAAGAAGAAGAGUCGGAUUCAGACGAACAAUUGUACUUUCUAGAUAAGACUACAGCUGCCAACACCUCAGCAUCUGCGAGUGAUACAGAAUCCUACAAAAAAAUGCAUUAA